AUGUCAGUUGGAACAAGGGUCUUCUUUCUAGCGGUGUCAACAGGAGAAUUCAUCUUAGGAGUACUGGGAAAUGGGUUCAUUGGACUGGUAAACUGCAUCGAGUGGGUCAAGAAUGGAAAAGUCUCAUCAGCUGAUUUCAUCCUUACCUGCUUGGCUGUGGCCAGAAUCAUCCAGCUGUGGGUAACACUUUUGGAUUCAUUUAUAGUAGGAUUAGCGCCACAUUUGUAUGCCACUGGUAAACUAGUAAAAGUAGUUAUUCUUCUUUGGGCUCUAACGAAUCACUUAACUACGUGGUUUGCCACCUGCCUAAGCAUAUUCUACUUCCUUAAGAUAGUCAGUUUCUCUCACUUCUUUUUCCUGUGGCUGAAAUGGAGAAUGAACCGAGUGCUUCUUGUGCUUUUCCUGGCCUCUUUCUUCUUCUUAUCUUUUGACCUCUUAAUGCAGGAUGCUCUUGGUGAACUGUGGAUGAACACCUUUAGAGAACCUGAAAGGAACAUGACUUUGCAUUUAAAUGCAAGUAAAAUUUUCUAUCUUAAAAGCCUUAUUCUUCUCAGCUUGACAUAUGUUAUCCCUCUUCUUCUCUCCUUGGCCUCUUUGCUGCUUUUAUUUCUUUCCCUGGUGAGACACACCAAGAAUUUCCAAGUCAACCUGAACCACUCGAGAGACUUCAGCACAGAGACCCAUAAAAGGGCCAUGAAAAUGGUGACAACAUUUCUCCUCCUCUUCAUCGUUUACUUUAUUUCCACUCUAAUUGGAAAUUGGAUCUUUCUUAAGCUACAGUGGUAUGAGGUCAUGAUGUUUGUCAUGGUGGUUCCAACUCUCUUUCCAUUGGGCCAUUCAUUUGUUAUAAUUUUGGGAAACAGCAAGCUAAGACAGAUUGCCUUCAGACUACUGUGGGGUCUUAAAUUCUAUAAAAACUAA